CACCACACCGGUGAAGGUAUCAUGACUGGAGGUUGUUCGCGGAGCUUUCACACCGGCUCGCCGUCAAACUGCUGAUUAUACACGAAACAUGGUCCAUUUUAACAAAUGGACGUCAGUGAGGAGCACGUCUCUCACCGACAGGACUACAGCACAGGAUUUAAAGCUCCGAUAGUGGUGGAUUGGUUUAGUAUAGGAAAUAAACUCGCAGUGAACAGAUCAUGGCUUAUUUUAAACGCGUAUUGUUUGUCUAAUUGAUUAACGACUGUGAUUGUAGCGCCCCGCCAUUUGUUUGUUGGAAAUAUUGAAUCAACAGCGCACCAAAUCAAGAUGACAGGGGAACACACAACUAUCAAAAGUCGGAUUAAAAAUCAGAUUCCUUCGCCUUUCAUUAAAUUGAGAAGAAGUAAAGCUGGAAACAACAAAGAGAAUCUCAGGGAUAAGGUGACGUUGGAAAAAGUCCUGGGAAUCACUUCCGUCGCGAAUCGUGCUUUGGCGUGUGACCCACAUUCAGGACUGGUUGCCUACCCAGCCGGGUGUGUGGUGGUGCUACUGAACCCUAAGAAAAACAAACAGCAUCAUAUCCUCAAUAGCUCCAGGAAAACCAUCACUACGCUCUCCUUCUCUGCUGAUGGCAGAUACAUGGUCACUGGUGAGAGCGGUCAUAUGCCGGCGGUGCGUGUCUGGGAUGUGGCAGAGAGGACACAGGUGGCAGAGUUACAGAACCAUGAACACGGCGUGGCGUGUGUGGCUUUCUCUCCCAACAGUAAAUACAUCGUCAGCGUGGGUUUCCAACAUGACAUGAUGGUUAACGUCUGGGCCUGGAAGAAAAAUGUUGUGGUUGCCACCAACAAGGUGUCCAGUAAAGUGACGGCUGUGUCUUUCUCAGAUGACAGCUCAUACUUUGUUACAGCUGGAAAUAGACACGUGAAGUUCUGGUAUCUUGACCACACCAAGUCGUCCAAGGUGAACACCACAGCACCAUUACAGGGCCGCUCUGGUCUUCUUGGAGAACUGCGCAAUCAUUUUUUUAGUGAUGUGGCCUGUGGAAAGGGUCCGAAGGCGAACAGCACCUUCUGCAUCACUUCAUCUGGGCGGCUCUGUGAGUUCAAUGACAAAAGAAUGCUGGACAAGUGGGUGGAGCUCAGGAAAAAUGACAGUUUCGCAACUAGUACGGCCACGUCUCUGUCGGUCAGUGAGGAUCUGAUCUUCUGUGGUUGUGCUGAUGGGACAGUGAGAGCGUUUAGCCCCAGUGACCUGCACUUUAUCUGUACGCUGCCUCACCCUCACAGCCUGGGCACAGACAUCGCCGCUGUAACAGAGGCCAGCCAUCUCUUCGCCUACAAGGAAAACGUCCGCUAUCCUGACACGGUGGCCAUGUCUUAUGAUCCCACGAACCGCUGGCUGUCCUGCAUCUACAGCGAUCACAGUCUGUAUGUGUGGGAUGUACGUGAUCUUCAGAAAGUGGGCAAGGUGUACUCAGCUCUCUACCACUCGUCCCGCAUUUGGAGUGUGGAGGUGUACCCAGAGACGGGGGAUGGAGAGCCACGUUUGUCUCGCGGAUCGUUCCUCAGCUGUUCUUCUGACAAUACGAUCCGUUUAUGGAACACAGACGCUCAGAACACCACCCUCAGCCGAAACCUCAUCAGCAAUGACCUCCAGAAGGUUAUUUAUAUGGACAGCAACAGCUCCUCCCUGCUGGACCCAGACUGCACAAUCUCCAGUAACUCGGAGAAGGUCGAGCCACAGACCUCAGACAACCGGACAGGCAUCAGGACCAUCUGCGUGAGCCCAGACGGCCUGCACCUGGCAUCAGGGGACCGCAAUGGAUCACUGAGAAUCCAUGACUUGGAGAACAUGGAGGAAAUUCUAGACGUUCAGGCCCACGACUCUGAGAUAUUGUGUCUAGAGUACUCCAAACCUGAGACCGGGCUGAAAUUGUUGGCCACCGCCAGCAGAGACAGACUGAUCCAUGUUCUGGAUGCGGAUCAGGAAUACAGCCUCCUGCAAACACUGGAUGAACACUCUUCCUCUAUCACUGCUGUCCGAUUCGCUGCUAAUGAUGGGAAAGUCAGGAUGAUCAGUUGCGGUGCUGAUAAGAGCAUCUACUUCCGCACGGCACAGAAGACAGAGGAGGGAACAGCUUUCACACGUACUCAUCACAUAGUGAGGAAGACUACACUGUAUGACAUGGAUGUCGACCCCACACGGAAAUAUGCCGUCAUUGGAUGUCAGGAUCGCAGCAUCAGGAUCUUUAACAUCUGCAAUGGCAAGCAAGAGAAAGUCUACAAGGGCUCCCAAGGGGAUGACGGGAACCUUAUCAAGGUUCAGAUGGAUCCCUCUGGUCUUUAUGUGGCCACAAGCUGCUCAGACAAAAACAUAAGCAUCUUUGACUUCUGCACCGGAGAAUGUGUGGCCACCAUGUUUGGCCAUUCUGGUAAGAUGAGCUCUGCAUGUGAGAUUAUGCAACUUAUAAUACCUUAUUUUAAAGGAAAACCUUUUUAUCUUCUGAAAUCAAGUCUAAGCAUUGUGUUUGUUGGGCCUCUUUUAGAGAUUGUAACAGGACUGAAGUUUACUAAUGACUGUAAAAAUCUUAUAUCUGUAUCGGGAGACAGCUGUAUCUUUGUGUGGCGGCUCUGUUCUGAGUUGACCAACAAAAUGAUACAACGGCUCUCAGAACUGAAACAGAACAGCAGACCUGUUCAGAAGAACCCAACAAAUAAACAACACACACCUAGCACAAGGAAAAAAAUCCACAGUGACCCUGUUAUUGGCACCAUGUUGUCAGACAGUGACAAAGACUUGGAGGAAGAUGAGAUGUUCCCUCACAUGUCUUCGGGCAGCAGUGGUGGCGAGGAGACAGGUUCAGCUGAAGAAAAACGCAAUACACUCAAUUCACGUAUUAAGAAGCAAUGGAACAGUUGUGAACAUGAGGGUUCACGGCUAAGACAGCGUUGUUCCAGGAGACUGGGUAGUAUUGAUCUGAAGGUAAAGUCCAUGCUUGACCUGAGGCAGCUGGAGUCUUUCGCCAUGCCUUUCUUCCCCGGCAAAACCCAAGAUGUUCAUAAAGACCUUCCACCACAUAAGAACCAAGAACUAGGAAGCACCAUCAGUCUGCAGACUAUUGCUGCAUGGGUACCUGAAAAGAGUGAAGCACGAGGACAAACAUGCCCUCUUUCCAUCCCACUGUCCCCUCAAACCCCAGAGAUGGAGGUGCUAUAUCCUCAGGGAUGUGAAGAAGACCAAAUCAGUCUUGCUGGCAGUGAGUAUCAAGUGAAAAAGUUGUCACAUGGAGUAAGAUGUGCUAAAGGGAACUCUUUUCCUGAGAAGCAGAGUCCAGACAGCGCCUGCUUUACGGAAUAUUCCAGCAGUCACCUCUCCAGCCCUGAACACCCUGGAGAAGACUCUGAGACAACCGAGCCACUGAGUGUAGAUGAAAACUCAUCAGAACUGGAUAUGGAAGAUCUUGAUGAGGAAGAGGAGAACAGCAUGAGGAAGAAUGAGGUUCAGACUCCUGUACCUCAGACCCCAGACCAGGAGUCCUUUCUCAAGAGUCUUUGGAGUCCCGAAGUAACUCCAAAUAUCUCUGACAGCAUGUCAUCAAAGUUCUUCAAUCAGAACUCCCCUAGAAGAACUGCAAUCCCAUUCCCCACAAACAAAAGCAGUGACAUUAAAACCACCAGUGAAGCUGUACAGCCACUUAUCUCAGAGGUGCAGCCCCUCAUGGAGAAUAAGAGUCCAGACAAACAGCAGGAAUCCCACGACACUGAGAGGACAACAGGUCAGCGUUUAAUUCAGAAGAAAAGCACAACCGUCAUGGAUUCACGCAGACUGAUCAGCCCUGUCGCUAAAGCUGCCGCAAGUCACAACAGUUCUCCAGGCAUGAGGAAAGCUCAGUCUAUCCACAACAUCUCCUCAGAAGCUGACAUGGUCCAGACAUCCAGUCGUCCUUCUAAGGAAGUCCACCCACAGCCCCAGACCCCAGACCACUCAGAGAUGCAAAGACCAUGGUGUUCCCUUCCCACCAUCCCGCUCACCAGCCCUACAUCUACCCUGUCAAGGGACAUCACCACACCUACCAAGUCCAGAUCCCAUUCCUAUAUGAGUCCUACCACUAGCUCCAUGGCCAAGAUGACUCGCUCUGUUUCCAUGGGUGACAACUUGAAUGUGUUAAAACUAGAAGACACAGGAUCUUCAGACUUUCACAGGGGCUCAAGUUCUAACACUUCCAACCCUCAGAGGGCCUCCCAAAGCAAGCCCACUAGUCCUGUUGCCCAGGUGUCAUCCCCUAAUACAUCGGCAUCCUUAUUUCCAGGCACCUAUGCAGCAGUCACACCCACAUUGAGUGCUGGCUCAACUGGAAACUCUUCCUCUAGAGGGCUCCAGGUCAAACUGACUGGCAGUGCUCGACCACUGCUCCAUAUAGAUAUUCCCAAUCCUCUUCCAGAUAAACCUUUGUUAUCUUCCUUCUCACCAUGCAGCAAGAUACCCAAACUUUCACAAAAGGUAAAGGAGCCCUCAAGUAGAACUCCAACAACUCCCUCUUCAAAUCCUGGAGCGGUUCACCUGCUUAACAGCAUUGUACAACCGGUCACAGCUGUUUGUUUGAACACAUCUGAAACCCCAGACCAGUUUGAGCUUAGUAUGGUUCUUGUUCCAAGCCAAACCAAGAAUUUAACAGAAGGUGAACUCCACUCGCAUACAGAGCCAAGAAAAGAGGAUACUUCCAAGGCUGAGUGCCCUCCCAUGAGCCAGUGCAGCCUAAGUGUGCUUCAGUCUUCCUCAGGAUCUCAAGACUCAGACACAUCUCUCAGUGUGGAUUCUUGUAGGCUGGUUGCCAAUGAAUUGCAGAGCAGUUUUAAAAGAGCCUCCCACCUCUACAAAAUGCUAAACAACUCCACUGACUCCAGUGAGGAGCAGCAGGAAAUGGCGGGUGUGCUGGCCGAAGCAUUAGAGGGGAUGAGAGAUGAGCUGAACUGCCUGCCACCAUGCACUCCUUCAAGAUCUCCCAGCACUUACACUGUGCACACAUUAGCCAACAGUGAUGCAACAUUAGGUGAUGAUAGGACACUUGCCCUAUUAGAGCUGUACUCCAAACUGCUGCUCAGUGCAGUGGAAAAGAGGAUGAACAACAAAAUCUGAUUUCUAUGUGAGCUGUGGCUGCAACAGGUUACCUAGCCAUGAGACUGCACAGCAGACUGUUUUAGAUAGCAAGGAGCUUUUAAUAAAGAUAAAUGCCACUAUCCUACCUCCCUGUUUAGCAUGCUACUAUGGCAGCAACACACCCCUGACUUUUCACACCUCUUUGCAAUAUUCUGUGCCCUGCUACUAAAACGUAUCCAAAAAGUUUCGCCCAAAUGACCCAAAUGGCAUCAGGGAGAGUAAUUGGUUACAUGUGUUUUGUUGACUGCAUGGUACAACAAAAUCGAUUCAUUGGUUAUUGUCUUAAAAGACGAAAAAGCUAUUUUAUAUGGAUACAAUAUUCUGUCAUGUGUAAAAACAAACUGUUUUUGAGAAGAAUCUCCAGCUAGCGUCAUUUAUAUGAACUUGUUUAAUAUUUACAAAUAUUCUCGAAGAUCUCUUACAAAGGGACCAAUGUCCCUGGACGUCAGCAAGGCAGAUUUGUCUCACUUUUACCUUUUAUUAUGGAAUGGUUUUUAUACUGUAUUUUGUGUUAUUGCUGAAACUCUCAAGUUGAAUUAGGACAGUGGGGGCAUAUUUAUUCUGUGAUAGGUCAAUGAGUCGCACAGAGGUUCUUCAACUGUGUUUGUUGUAUAAUAUCAAUGUCCUGAUGGCCAGCAGAGUCAGUUGGGUGCCAGAGAAAAACAAUUGGGGGAUUUUGGAAGAUUUUGUAUUGUUUUAUUUGCAGGACUUUUUUGUACAUGAAUAGUAACUGUCUCAUGGAUAUGGGUGCCUUAAUCUCGACCAGCAAUUUGCUUGAAGGAAUGAAUAUGGCAUUUGUAAUUCAUGAUCUGUGAUAUUUGGAUGUUGUCCACCUCUAAUUGAUCAAUUCUAGGUUACAUAUGGUGACAGAAACAAAACUGCCAUAAAACACUGAACUGAAUUGCUCAUUCUGGUGAUACUGAUGAAGUUGCAAUAGCCAAGUAGAUAAAGUUUGUUGAACUUUUGUGCACAAAUUAUGAGAACAGUUUACAGAUUUUACAGAACUUUAGUUUUAAAAACUCCUUUAUCCUGAAAUGCAUUUUUUUUUUCAGAAAAACUUUAUUUUGGAGUGUUUUCCAAUUAUGUCUUCUUAAAGUUAUGUUUUUAUUGUUAUGUGAUAUACUGUUAUUUUCCCAAGAGCUAAACACCACUGUAAUCCAGUCAUUCCCAAAAUCCCUUGCUAACUAGUUUAAGGUGUUGCCUCUCUGACCUCUGCCUGAAACAACUCUUCUUUUCUGUAUUAAUAUUGAUAAUGUACAGUAAGACACUUUUUUGUCAUUAAGCUUGAUUCAAUGAUGGCAUAUUAUUUUCAGUGUACUGUAACUUCUUAUAUAGAUGGACCUGCAAAUAUUUUAUAGCGUCCAGCUCUUCUGAUACAAAUCCAAGCUAAAGCCAGGUGCACACUGUAUGAUUUUGGGAUGUCAAAAGAUUGUUUUUUGUUGACAGGCCAAAUUAACACUCUUUGAUUGCUUAACAUGACAUGGUUUUUGUGAAUAAAAAUAUUAGAACAUGA